ACACAUGCUCCGUCACGGCAGACAUCAACCCUCAGUUGCGAGUUGAAAGCGUUGAGUACUACGGAAGAUACACACCCCAGAAGAAGAGCAAGGAUUCGCGGUAACGACGACGAGCAUAUGCCAACCCAUCAACGCAAAGGCAGCACGCCAGGAUCAAUCGAAUCAACAGAACCGCCAUUCCAUGGAAUCACCAGCGUCACCUCGCGCACUUCGCACACUGAGCACCCACCUGCGGUAGCUGAGAAGCCUAGCUUGCCGCCAUGCGAUCCUUCAGAGCAAACUUUGGCGGAUAAAGACUGGACUACUACGGAGGAUGGCAAUGUCAAGCCACAGCACCCCGCUGAUAAGGAAGCCCCGCGCUCCUCUGAGUCUUCCUCUUCAGACACGCUUCCCGGUGAUGGCUUCACCUACCCCGAAGGUGGCUGGAAGGCAUGGGGAGUCGUCUUGGGUGCUUUUACCGGAAUGACGGCUGCUUUUGGUAUGAUGAAUUCCAUUGGCAUCUUCCAAGCCUACAUCAGCACCAACCAGCUGUCUCACUAUGAUGACAGCACUGUUGGUUGGAUCUUUUCCAUCUACACCUUCCUGGCCUUCUUUUGCGGCAUUCAGAUUGGUCCUAUAUUCGAUCAGUAUGGACCAAGGAUGCUUAUUCUUGCCGGCAAUAUCUGUCUUAUCGCUUCGAUUUUCUUUUUGAGUGUUUGCAAGGAAUACUACCAAUUCCUGCUCACAUUUGGCGUUCUUGGAGGCGUGGGCUCCUCCCUGGUCUUCACACCUGCCAUCUCCAGCAUUGGCCACUUCUUCCAGGUGAAGCGUGCCGCCGCAACUGGCCUUGCUUCGGGAGGUGGGUCUAUCGGCGGCGUCAUAUUCCCGUUGAUGCUGCAAUCUUUAAUUCCGAAAGUUGGCUGGGGAUGGGCAGUGCGCAUCCUCGGUUUUAUUUUCGUCUUCCUUGGCUGCGUGGCUCAGCUUCUCAUCCGGUCACGUCUGCCGCCCAAGCCGGGCGGGAGCGUCAUUCCGGAUUUCCGCAUCUUCAAGGAGAUUCCAUUCACGCUGACUACGGCGGGAGUCUUCUUCAUGGAAUGGGGACUUUUCAUCCCCAUCACAUACAUCACUUCGUACGCCCUGUCCACAGGAGCGAUCGACUACACCUUCUCCUACCAACUCAUCGCGAUCCUGAACACAGGGUCCUGCCUGGGCCGAUGGGCGCCGGGCUUCGUAGCGGACCGGCUCGGGCGCUUCAACUGCAUGGUAGUGACACUGACGUUCUGCUUCCUCACGACGGUGGCGCUCUGGCUGCCAGACGCGCUGCUCUCGCCACUGGGCGAGUACUCGGACAACAAGUCGGCGAUCAAGGGGUUGACGAUCGCGUACGCGCUGCUGUUCGGCUUCGCCUCGGGCACCAACAUCUCGCUGACGCCCGUGUGCGUCGGCCAGCUGUGCACCACACAGACGUACGGCCGCUACUACGCCACGUGCUACACGGUCGUCAGCUUCGGCACCUUGACCGGCAUCCCCAUUGCUGGCGCCCUGCUGCAGGCCACGGGCGGCAGGUACUGGGGUAUGGUCGUGUUCACGUUCGCGACGUAUGCGUGCGCAUGGUGCUCGUUUUUGGGCGCCAGAGUCUUGAAGGUUGGCUGGACUCUGGAUGUCAGGUAUUAGUUGCGAGAGCAUGAAAAGAGUAUGAUAUUGGGAAAUUGAGCUUGGUGGGAUUGGGGCCGUUUGCUUUGCAUACAAUUUGGGUAAGGUUAGGUACGGCUGGUUACAGCUGGUUACGACUGGGUAUGGCCGGGUACGAUUGACGUUCAUUUUCUUAAGGCGUGGCAAUAAUCUCGGACCCAUGGUGGGCUAGAAUGUUAGAGCGGUAAUCUCUCGUUGGUAGCAUUUUUUCUUCUCUUCGGCUUGAAGAAGACUGAUUGAAUCCUCAAAAUUUUUGGUUUGGUUUCGAUU